CCACACCCCUCACACCAUCUGACCUACACCCUACACAACCACACGCCAUGGCAAUGCACACAAACAUCGAACACGCUAUCGCCACCGUGAAGGAGCGCGGGCACGAGCUUACCGUGCCGAACGUGCUCGCCGCCUACAUAAACUGUAUCGCCCCACACAUUGCGCCCGAGGACGCGGCCGACGAGAACUCGCUCGCGCAGGCUGCAAUAGUCUCGUUCGAGCGCGCCAUGGACAAGUACCCCGCACCGUCGCCGCCGCUGCCCGCCGCUGCCAGCACCCGCGCAUUGGCGAAGGCCAGGCCUGCAGCUCCUGCGGAAGUGGCGCAGGACGCAGUUGGGAAGCGCAUGUUCUGCACGGAGAUCGCGAAGCUCAGGGACGAGUACCUGCGUGCGCUGCUGCGUGUCUCGGAGUACGACACCGGCGCGCAGGGCUGCACAUGUCUUUCGUGCGGGUGCCUGCUCAAGGUACGCAGUGACCAGGUGCGCAAGCUGGACUCGGGGGACGAGGACGGAGUGGACCUUGUACAGCCGGUGCGGAAACGCCGUACUCGGAAAGCGAACAUCAAGAAGGGCCGGGCUGCGAAGAAAGCGCCGUUCGACCCGUAUGCGCCGUCGACGAGCAGGGUGGCUAUCUAACUCUGUCUCUUUUCUCCCAUGCCUCCUUCCUGCCGCUUCUCACUUUCACUGUCCCGCAUAUGCAUGCGCGUCCCAUGUAUCCAUGUUCUCUGAUCCCUCUCCGCUGUAUUCCAUGGACACCCUCUCCAGAUGUAUCGAUACCUCCCCGUCCGUCAAUAUCACGUAUUUCCAUC